AUGGCGUCUGGAGGCGCCGCCCGCGGUCGCCUCGCUGAGGAGCGCAAGGCGUGGCGCAAGAGCCACCCCCACGGCUUCGUGGCCAAGCCGGAGACGCUGCCGGAUGGCUCCGUCAACCUCAUGCUCUGGAACUGCGUCGUCCCCGGCAAGGAAGGCACUGAUUGGGAAGGUGGAUAUUUCCCAGUUACUCUCCAUUUUACUGAAAAUUACCCAAGUAACCCUCCAACCUGCAAGUUUCCACGAAGGUUUUUCCAUGUCAAUGUCUAUGAUUCCGGGGAUGUAUGCCUGUCAAUACUUGGUGAUGCAUGGGCGCCUUCUAUCACAGUGCGGCAAAUUCUUAUAGGCAUCCAGGAGCUGCUGGAUAACCCAAAUCCAGCCUCUCCCGCACAGGAUUUUGCUUAUGAUUUCUUUGCAAAGGUUUUAGGAAAGCGGAGGAAGUCACGUGUAGGAAACCAGUGCGAUCGCUCGCGUAGGAAAUCGCUCGCUCGUCCUUUGCAUCUCCGUACGCGGCGCAGCACGGCACCGACGAGGACGCGACGUCUGCGGCGUCCCCAGUACGGCCUCGCGGUGCACGCCGUCGUGGUCCGUGUGUCUGACGCCGUCGAGGCGUUCCGCGACAGCGUCGACGCGGGUGCGCUCCCGGCCUUGUUCGCCCCUGCCGAGCUCGGUCACGGUUUCGUGUUUGUGGAGGUUGAGCUCGACGGAGCCGCCGUCCUCCGUAUCGUGAGCUACCCUGACGACAGGGACAUAGCCUUCUUGCCCGGGUUGGAUAACAUUGCCAAGAAAUAA